AUGGCUUCCUCGCCCAACCCCGCUCCAGAAACAUGGCGUCACAAGUCCGUGCCGCAAAUGAACGAAGAGGAGCGCCUCGCCGCGCUCAAAGAUUGGGCCGAAGAGAAGAAAUACGUGCGGCCCGGUGAAGGCGGUACCAUGACCAUAUAUGGCGCUGGAGGCCCUUCUUUUGCUAUCGCGAGUUCAGUCCCACAGCCUUCGAAUCCAGAUGACAAGUGGGCUGGACAGUACGAUGCGCCAGUUGGACCGCCUUCGUACACGGCGGCGCCAGUCGAAGAGCCGAAGAAGAGUAGUGCGCUGAGGAAGUGGUUGGAGAAGCGGAAGGAGAAGAAGGAGAUGAAGAGGAGGGAGAGUGCGCCGGCUUAUACGCCGACAUGA